AUGGCGACACAGCAAGACCUGCAGGAGCUUCUACGGCUCGUCACGGUCGUACGGAAAACGCCGAUGAUGCAGGCCAUGACGCAAAUCAAGGCUCUCCAGGCUGUCGACUUGAGAAGCAUCAAGCAGAUCGCCGAAGCUCCCCUCGAAACAGUGCAGUCGGCGAUCAAGGACGAGAAGGGCGGCAGAGCACUACAAAAUGCUUGCAAGGCGGCACUUAAACGCGGACCAACCGCCACGAGCAAGCGUGGAGCUCCAGACUCAGUUACGCCGCAAACCAAGCGGGCCAAGACCAACCCGUUCAUGGCCGAGGCCGUGGAUCUGGCACCGGAAGAGCUAGAGAAGUCACUCGAGUUGCCAUUGUGCAUGGACGAGGAACGCAUCUCAAAUUCGGUAAUCGAGACGAACAGGGCGCCGCUGGUUCUUGCGUUUGCCGUGGAGAUCCUACGACAUACCAUGCCUGAGCAGCCAUUGUCGAGCCGGCUCAGUCUGGGUCAGGCGGUGGUCAGUGCAAACUCGAGGUCAAAGGCCGUCAGUCUGGGUAUGAACAAGGGCCCGAGUGCGGAUGAGGAAGGAUGGGGUGAGGGUCAGCCGCGCGUAAAGGUAUUGGGCAGAGAGAUUGCCGUGCUGAAGAGGGGGGGUUACGAAUGGAAGGGAGAGGAAAAGGUGGGCGAACAAGACAACAAGGCGGGCACCGACACGGUCAAAUCAAGCAGCCCUGCCCCAGGGACACAGCUCAAAACGGAAGAAGAAACCACGCCCUCCGAACCAAGCUCCGACAAACCACCCUCCAAACCAACCUGGUCCACCAGCCAGGCCAUCACCCUCAAAGACUCCACCUUCAUCGCGCGCGCCACGCACAUGAGCGACCCGUCCCAGCGCAAGCCCCUCAUCCAGGCCCUGCUCGCGGAGGUCCCCCACCUCCAGACAGCCACGCACAACGCGUGGGCCUACCGGCUGCGGCCACCGCGCGACGCCUUCUCGGCCAUCAGCCGCGUGCACGAGGAGAGCUUCGACGACGGUGAGACGGGGUGCGGCGACUUGAUGCUGCGCACCAUGCGCGAGUCGGGCACCGCCGACACCCUCGUCGUGCUGACCCGCUGGUUCGGCGGCACCAUGCUCGGCCCGGACCGCUGGCGCCUCAUGCGCACCUGUGUGUCGGCCGCCCUGGGCGAGCGGCUGCGCAAGACCGGCGCCGAGGUCUCGCUUGGUGGGGAGGCGCUGUGGGGGUUGGAUCUGGAGGCUGCCAGGGCUGGGAAGACGGGUGUGGUGGUAGGGGGAUAUGGGAGUGGUGUCAAGAUGCAUGCCUCUACGGGGCUCGUGGGCAUGCAGAUUCAUCGGCCGGAGCAGGCGAGGGGGUAUUUACUGAGGAGUUUUGGGAGUGCUACCGUCGCUACUCCGGCGCAGGGGGAGGGGGCUGCUUCUACGAGAAAGAGCCCGAAGAAGACCAAGACGUUAAAGGCAUUGGAGGCGGAGAAGGAGGAGAACCUGGGGCUCUUGCUUGGUGCGCUGAGGAUUGUGUUCGACAGCUGGGCCGACCACCUUGGCGCGGCUGAGCUGGACAGGCGGGCGUGGAGCUAG